GAGAAAACAAGAGGCUGGUGAGAGAGAGAGAGCGAGAGAGAGGGAGUGACUGUAGCUGCUAUAACAUAAGUGAGGAGUGGAACUGACGUGUUUCCUGGAUGUUUAAAAGCAGUUAAAACGCACCGUGUGUUGGUUUUUAAUGAUUAGAAGACGUUACGUUGGUGAACUGCUGCAGUGAAACAGGAAUAAAACCAUGGGCGGAGUUACCAGCGGCGCUCGCGUUAAUGUUCCUGAAAUCAAUCACAAACAAAGGACGUUUACGAAACGUUCCAGUCCACAGCUACAGUAAACAAUAAAAAGAUGGUUAUUUUGUCUGGGUUUGGAGUCUGUCUCUUACCGUACGUCUCGCUGUGUCUCCCUCACACGCCCACCGUGUCCGGGGACGGAAGAGCAGGUGCAGUGAAAUCCCCAGCCUGGGCUGUGUUUACACUUACAGUUAUUCAACUGCUGGAAACGAUCUAGCGAUAGCUACAGUUCCCUGUGUGUCCAUCAUCCGUUUUCCACUCCGCUAAUCCGACACAGUGUCGCGGGAACCCGGAGUCUAUCCCACUGACCUCGGGGCACGGGGCGGGUGACACCCUGGACCGGGGGCCAACCAAUCGCAGUGGACAAUCACACACACACACACACACACACACACACACACACACACACACACACACACACACACACACACACACACACACACACACACACACACACUACGGACCAUUUUAGGAAUCAGUCAACCUACAGCGCAGGUGUUUGGACUUGGGGAGGAAACCGGAGCACCCGGAGGAAACCCCCGCAGCACAGGUGUCGGGAUUCGAACCCCCAACCCACAUCAGUGCAAAUAACGUACAAUAUAUACGUAUAAAAUGAAUAAUAAAUAAAGAAACAAACAAAUAGUUAACUCGUUUUAUCAACAAUGAAGUAAUUAGGGUACAGUUUAGAACAUAUCAUCAUCCUUUCAGUAAUACGCUUUACUUUUCUCAUUUACACACCAUUUUCAAAAAGCAAAUCAAACGUUUGAAGAUUUGCAGGUGAGUCUUUGCAUUUUUUGUUUGUUUGUUUGUUUGUUUGUUUGUUUGUUUAUUCAUGUUCUAUUUUCUGGAACUGCACGCUGCAGAGUUUUGGACACGCCCUGUUGUGACGUUUUUGUGUUAACGUAUUACGAUUCUUCGUCUGGUUAUUUAGUGAUGUAAUAGAUAAAUAAACUGUAGAUGGUGAAGCUUCGUACAAAUAAAUAAAACAAAAAUAAAAUAAACGUCCAGCUCACGUCGACCGAGGCUGGAAAUAAAGACGUGUACUUCUAAAUGAGGCGGCGCCGGAGAGCGGUUUGUGUUUAAUGACACUGAGACCUUCAGAAGCAAAACACAAAGCCACACGGAAGGAAGGAGACUCUGGUCUGCUCAUGCAGCUGAAGGGGAGAACCUCGGGGUCAUGAGCCGCCACACUUCACCUGCAGGAGCGGAGUGCGUGUCUGCCUGCGCUGUGAUGAGGGAGUGGUGGCAGCGUGUGGUGCUGCUGUUGUGCGUUCCUCUUCUCGCCGUCUACCUGCACAUCCCGCAGCCUCCGCUUUCACACGCGCUGCACACCUGGCACUCCUCCGGGCGCUUCUUCAGCUUCCGAGGAAACGAGAUCUUUUACAGAGAGUCGCUGGGCGCUGUAGGGAGCUCUGAUGUGGUGCUGCUGCUUCAUGGGUUUCCCACCUCGAGCUACGACUGGCACAAGAUUUGGGAGCCUCUGAGUCAGCGGUUUAACAGAGUCAUUGCACUCGACUUCCUCGGCUUCGGCUUCUCUGACAAACCUAGGCCGCACCGGUAUUCGGUGUUCGAGCAGGCCGGUGUAGUGGAGGCUUUAAUCUGGCAUCUGGGCCUGGCUGAGCAGAAGAUCAACCUGCUGUCACAUGACUAUGGAGACACUGUAGCACUCGAGCUCCUCUACAGGAGUGACAACAAUCGAACUGGACACGUGGCCAUAAGCAGUCUCUGCCUUUCAAACGGAGGUAUAUUCCCCGAGACGCAUUACCCGAGGUUUCUUCAAAAGGUCCUGAAGGAUUCUGGGUUCAUCUCCCCUCUGAUUACCAGACUUAUAAACUUCUACCUCUUCUCGAAAGGGAUCGGAGACGUCUUCGGUCCGUACACGCAGCCGACCGAAGCCGAGCUCUGGGACAUGUGGACAGGAAUCCGCUUUAACGACGGAAACUUGGUCAUGGACAGCAUCCUGCAGUAUAUUAAUCAGAGACUGAAGCACAGAGAGAGAUGGGUUGGAGCGCUCACCUCUACACUAACCCCAUUGCACAUGAUCUACGGACCGCUCGAUCCGGUGAAUCCGUCCCCCCAGUUUAUUCAUCUCUACCAAAAACUAGUUCCAAGGUCGACUAUAACGGUUCUGGAUGAGCACAUCAGCCAUUACCCACAGCUCGAAGAUCCCAUGGGCUUCGCAAACGCCUACCUCAACUUCAUCAACUCUUUCUGAACAGCGCACGCUGACGUCACGCGCCGCACCGCUGGACACGAGGCGAAGCGAAAUCACGGCCCGGGGUCGUUAUCGCAGAGUAAUGGUAUUACGAGCUAUGAAGAAAGAGGACUCAACAAUUGCUCAGAUCAUCUAGAAAUUUCUUUUUUUAGUAUUACUGAUCUGCAGGUUUUAAAAUCAGGAUUCGAAAACUAUGAUAUGGGGACUGAACACAUUCACGAGUCCUAAAAUAAUUCUACAGCAGUAGGCUUAAACGUCUUAGUGGAAAUUCUUAUUAAUUAGGAAAGAUAUAGGUUGGGUAUCUUUAUGGUGACUAAACUAAACAGUCGUGAUGUUUCAGAUUAUAAACCGGUUCGAACCAGAUUUUUUUUUCCUCUCUCUCCCAGUUUUACGCCAUUGUAGGCAAAAAAUCGAACUCUCAUUAACGUAGAGAAAUCUUUCCAGACAGAAACGAUCAGGGUAGAUAAAGAUAAGUGAUUGGUAAGUAUGGUUCAGUAUUACACGUCUGUCUCAUUAAGAACAGGUAGGAGGUUUGAAAACAGAGCGAAUCCAUCCAUUCUGCGCGUAUCUAAAUCUCAAACAUAAUCGUCCUUCGAUGAGAGAAAACGCAGAGGAGGUGUUUGAGACCGUCAUCUGGACAAACUAAACGCGGUGUUCCCGUUUCUAUGCUGACAUUUCGCCUCGCUGCAUGGCUUUAAGGUUAUACAAGCUAGCUGUGAAUACUGUGACAUGCAAAUCAUUAGCUGCUCCUCUGUCGGAACUGGCGAGUCGCAUCUUCGCUGGUUUAAUUGGUGCCACAGUGCCAAGGCUUCAAAUCCAAGCAGUGUGCGUAGGUCAAGCGUCUCUGCUCUCUCUAAUCAUCACACUCUGAAAAGACCAUCAGUAUCUGAACUGUUUUAUUAAAUAAAUGUUUCUUUGACUUUUGACAAGGACGCUUUUUGUCUUAGAUAAGAGGUUCCCAUCAGUGGUCCUGGAAAGCCGCCUGUCCUUCCUGAGUUGUAGUGGGUGUGCUAGGGCAGGGGAUAACGCUCAAAUGUGCAGGACAGGGGGUAUUAUUCCAGGACCAGUGCUGGGAACCUGUGUCUUGGAUCAAGAAGAACCACCCUCAUGCCAUUUAAGGAAAAUAAAAAAAUUUUUUU